AUGAUAAAAAAAGAGUCUGACAUGUAUAAGAAGCUUGACAAGAUAGUGUGCGACGUUUUGAGAAACAUAGAUGCAGAAUAUAAAAGUGUGGAUAAGAAUGGAAAUGAUAAGACAAGUGAAAAAAUUAAGAAUGAAAAGGUGUAUAAAAAUUUUUUUGAAUUAUUUAGUAAGGAGAGUGACUUGGAAGUUCUAACAUUGGACGAACUAGUAGAAACAUAUAAAGACAAGAAUGUACAUAAAUACCUAUUUUAUAUGUUCGAAUCUUUGCUUAAUAAAAUAUCCAUAUCUAAUAAUAUAAGAUAUUUAGAUUUUUUAUUUCUUAUUCUGAGGUAUAUUACAUAUAUGUGGAUUUUUCUUUCAAAUGAUGACAAACGAGUUUUAAUAUUCUACUACUAUUAUAAGUUCGUUGAUUUGCUGUUUAAUUUAAGUCUUGUUAGGUGUUCCUUUUUUAUGAACAUGUACAUUAUAUUGAUUUAUUUUUAUAUGAAAGACAAAAAAAAAAAAAAAAAAAUUACCUUUAUAGUGAAAAAUCUAAGUGAAAAAGAAGUAGGUUUUCAUACAAAAAAUGUGAUAUCAGAAUUGAAUAAAAUAAUUAUCAACGAAAAUAUCUAUUUUAUUAAAACGAUUUCAAAAGAAAAUGAUUUUGUCUUUUUCCAGAAUGAAUCUAUACAAAAGAGAAAGGAAGAGAAGAAUGUUUUAUCGUCAAAUGAGGAGGAAUAUGUAUAUACAAUUACGAAUAGUCAGAAUUUAUAUAACUAUCUUUGGGUAAGUUAUUCUGAAGGGGAAAACUUGCCCAUUGGAGAAAGCAAAUAUGAUAUACACAAUAUAGAUAAAAGGAAGUUAAAUCCUACAAAGGAAGAAAAAUCAUUUGUGUUCAUAACGAAAUGUCAAAAUUUCAAAAACAUACAUUCCACCUUUUUAAGUUUAUGUAUGUUUUCAAUUAAUAACACAUAUAAUAUAUUUUUAAACUUUAUGAAAAAUUUAUUUAAAAUAAGCGUUUACGACUUUAGCGCAUUUUUUCCCUUCCUAAGUUCACUUAACAUGGAAUCUUUAUUUUCACAUUUUCAUUUUUUUGAAAUCCUUUACUAUGUCCAAAUAGCAGAAGCGAACAGUGAAAUAGGUAGUACAAAAAAAGAAACAAAAAUUGUGACAAUUAAUUCCAGUUGUUCUACACCUUACAUAUUACAAGAACAAGCCAACACUAAAAUGAAGAAAAAGUUCACAAAUAAUGAAUGCAUUUUUUCAAAUAAUAAUAUGAAUAAUAAAAAAAUAUUAUGGAAUACCUUUUUUGAUGAAUUAAAGAAAAUAUAUGCCAUAGACACCAAAAAUGUGAAUUAUACCUUAAAAAUUUUAAAGUAUACUUUAAGUUUUUUUUUAUUUGAAGAAAAAAUUUUAUUAAAAAAUAGAGAAUGGUCAACUCGUUUGGAAAAUAAAAAAGAACAUUCCUUUCCCUUCAUUUCACAAAUAUAUUUAAAAGAGGUGCUAAAAUUUAGUCAUUCCUACAUCAACAAUUUAGUGAAUUCAAGAACAUUAAAUGAGGAAGUCCUUUUUAAGGCCAUUUCUUAUAUAUUUUAUCUUCUGUCAAAAUUGAUAUGCAACAUAAAUAACAGCAUAAAGAAGUAUAUUUUGCAAAACAACUAUAAUAACCUAACCCUAAUUGCAAUAAUUACUUAUAUUUAUAAAUACUUCAAAAGGGUUUACAUGCAAAAAAGUUCAGAAUUAGAUAUGCAGAAAAGGAAAAAAGUGUAUGCCAAUAAUAAUAGCAGUCGUAGUUCCAAAAUUAACAGUGGGUGUCAGAAUAAGUUAAAAUAUGAAUUUAUAACACUGGAAAAAAUAUACCAAAAAAUUCAAGAAUGCUUAUACAUCAUCCUAACCAUAGACGAAUUUGUUGAAGGGAUUACAAAGAAAAGGUUGUCUCAUUCUAGUAGCAGGACAAAGUUCCAUUUAGACACGGAUAACUACGCCAACCAAUAUGCAAAUAGUUAUGACAUAUAUUCUUGUAUUAUUAUCAAAAUAAAUAAAAUGAAUAUGUUUUAUUCCAAUUUAGAUAUUAUCAAAAUGUUGCUUGAAAAUGAUAAGAAUAUAUUUAGAAAAUACAUUUAUACCAUUAACAAGAACAAUGAAAAUUUUGUCUCCUUUUUUUCUCAUUUAUUAAAUAUUGAUUAUAACGAAAAUCAUUAUGAUUUAGUUUUAAAAAAAUAUAUCUCUAAUUUAAAGGAAAAAAAAAAUUAUAAAAGUAAAAAAUUAAUAAAGCUAAUGAAGCCAUAUCAUUCCCCUUUGAAGUACAUUAUUUUGAAAAAUGAAAUUGAUCAAACUGGACUAAAAAAAGUAUCGACAAGAAAAAGCAUCAUGGGUAUUAAUUUACAUCGUAGGCAUUACGAUGCACAUGCCAUUGAUGCUAUUCAAGGAAAAUCUUUUAAUUCACAAAUCAAAAGAAAAAGUAUGUACGAGUUUGGAAGAAAUCAAGUUGGGGUAGAUUAUAUCAUGGCUUUGGAAGGUCAUGAUAAAAUAUGUCAAAAGGGGAGAGGCCAUGAACAGAUAGACAACAUACAAUCGAAUGAAGGGCAAUCGGAUGGGGUGCAAUCCGAUGAAGAACAAUUAGAUGAAGACCAAUCAUAUGAAGACCCAUCAGAUGAAGGACAAUCAGAUGAAGACUCAUCAGAUGAAGAUCAAUCAGAUGAAGAUCAAUCAGAUGAUGAUCAAUCAGAUGAUGAUCAAUCAGAUGAUGAUCAAUCAGAUGAUGAUCAAUCAGAUGAUGAUCAAACAUAUUAUGACGAAGCAGAUUACGAAGAAAGUGAACCCAGUUACACCCCCCCAAAGGGGUUAAGAAUCUACAGUAAGAGAGAAUCUUCAGGAGGAAUAAAGCGUCAAAAACUGAGCACAUCAAAUGGGAAGAGAGAAAAAAAAGACAUGCCAAUAUUUGAAAAUUCUAUCCUUCGAAUCAGUAAGAAGAAGUUGAACAUAACAAACAUAGAUUUUAAAAGUGUAUGUCAUAGUAUUGUUUUAUCCAUUAAAAGGUGCAUACUAAUUACAGACAGUAUGCUUACUCAUUUUAAAACUAAUCAAGAUUUUGUAGCUAACUUUAAUAUUUAUGUGUGUAAAAAUAUAUUUGUUAAUUUUUUACGAGUAUGCCUUCUGAGUGCAAGUUUUUUCUCAUACAUCUGUGUUAAACUAAAUUAUGAUGAUAUGUUGAAACAGAUAUAUGACUUGAAUUUGAUAAUAAUGUCUUACAACAUUUUCGAUAAAUAUAUCAGUUUUAUAUUAGACCAAGAUAUUGAAAAGUUAAGAAAGCUUAAAAAUGUAUUCCAUUUUUCUUCUAAUCUAUUAAAUAAGAAUAAUACAGAUGGAAAUUUUCGUAAUUAUUCUUCUUCAACUAAUGCAAUAUCUUCCACCAUUACUUCUGCCAUCACCCCGUCAGUGCAAACACAACUAUGCCGUGAAGAAAUUUAUAACAUUCUAAAAGAUCAUGAUAGCAAAAAAGAGAGUCUCCUUUUCCUUUCAGAUCAAGAUGAAUUUAUAGAAACUGUAUAUCUCAACAUCUUUAUGGUUGUCAUAAAUAUUGUAUCAGUGUGGGAAAUGUUCUUGGAAAUACCAGCAGAAGUUUUAAAUAAAAUGAAGUACACUUUUUUUGAGUUAUUUUACAAUACAACAAUUAAAAUAAUAAAGUUUAUAAAAAAAGAUAAAGGAUUUUUAUUCCUACUGAAUAUUUUAAAAUAUAUUUAUACAAAAUUUAUUAGCCUACCAUUUAACCCAAUAAAUAUAGACACAACAAUAAAACUAUAUGAUUUUUACGAAUUUUUGAUUAAUGAUAAUUAUGAAAAUGUGAAAAAAGAGGAGGAACAGAAAUUUAAUAGUGAAAAUGUAUACAUGAAUUCUAUAAGUCCUCUCAAAUUUUUAAAUAAGCCCGAGAGUGAGUUAUGUGAAAAAAGUCAAGGUAGUGUACACAAAUUGGAUAAUAUCCAUGAUGAUUCUGUCUAUAUUAACCCAUCAGACUACGUUGAAAACAUUAAUAACGAUUUACAAAGUAUAAAUAAAAAAAAGAGAGUAAGUAUAGGAGGUUUAAUUCCUGUAUUUUUAAAUAACACAAAUAGGAAGAAAAGAAAAACGAAUAUUGAUGAACAUUUCUUAACUUUGGACUGUUUUGGGAAAAGUAAUAAUUGUUCACAAUCUACAACAAAAAAGUGUAUUUUUCAGGAUAAUAAGCACAUGGAAGAUAAAAUAGACAAAAGGAUAAAAUAUGAUUUGGGGGAAAAUGAAUUUGCAGAUGAAAAUGCUAAUGUGACUCCGAAGCAUAAUUAUGACAACACACAAAAUGAGGAAAAUAAGGACAAGAACAAUUUUCGAAAAACAUAUUUGAGUAAUUAUUACAUACCACACAUUUAUUUGCUAUUUAUUAUUGUCGAUUUAGAAGUUUUUCACUAUUUUGAAAAGAAGGGUUAUAAAAAAGUAAUAAUAAUUGUUGAAAAUGUUUUCAAUAAUAUUGUACACAAAUGUGAUUAUAACACCAAAGAGUACUUACGGUCGUCCAUCUCGCAUAUUUACAAUUACUACCAACAAGUAUAUUUUAAUAAUAUAAAGAUUAAUACUCAAAAUUGUGCUGUUAUUAGACAUAUUUUUAAUUUAUAUACUAAAUCUAAGGUCUUUUAUUUAAGCAAAAAAAUUAAAAAAAAAUUAUUGUACUAUAAAAAUAGUUAUAACAAUGAUGAUAUGUUAAAAUUAGGUUAUAACAAAAUUUAUAACAACUUUUUUAGUAACGAAGAAUGGAAGAAUUAUUUUUAUUUUACAUGUGUCAACAUGAACAUAGGAAGGAACAAAAAAAUGAAAAUGAUAGACAAUUUGUUAUUAGUACAUAUAAACAUAUUGCUUUUCUUAAUAUUUUAUGAACACAUGUCUAAAUACGUCACAAAAAAAUUUAUUUUUUUUUUUCAAUUCUUCUGUUUUUUUUUUAACAAAUUAUGUAUUGAUAUUUUGAAUUUGGUGAGUACCUCAAAUCAUUUAGAAUAUUUUAAUAUUUUCAAUUUUCAAAAAAUUACAAACUCUAACCAUGGAGAUGAUGACGUAGUAAAUAAAUUAAAAAGUGGCAUUUGUCAGAUUGAAAAUUGUUUCAUAAAUAUGCAAAAUGAUAGAUUAUCUCCACAUAAAUUAAACAAUACAGAGAAAAGAAAAACCCAAAACAAGAAUAAAAAAGUUAUUAUGAUGGACAUUGACGAAUUGCUAGUUACAUAUAUACAACUUAAUUUUAUUUUUUGUAGAUCAUGUUGUUUUUUUGUUUUCUUUAAAAAUGUGUGUUCGCAAAAGUAUGAAAUGAUUUUAAAAGAAAACAUUACUAACCUCUAUUUAGAAUGCUUUAAAAAUAACAGAGAUUUUUUUGAUCUCGUUGAGUUCAUAAAUGCAGAGAAGAAGGGACUAGAAUAUGACCACUGGAGAGAACCCGAAGAAGAAGAAGGACCUAACACUUUACAACAUCAGGCAUCACAGACGAAGACAAAAAAAUUAAAUGAUUUUAUUGAUCAAAAUUCCGAAGAGAGUUGUAAAAGCAACUCCAGUACAUCAAGUUUAUCCCAAUCUAGUUUUACCUUAAUAGAGUAUACAAAUUACACGAAUAACGUAGAUUAUAUAUUUUUAGAAUUUAUUUUAGAAAAGAUAGAAGGAAUGGACGUCGAUUAUUUAUAUAGAAAUGCGUUAAAAAAUUGUUAUUAUGUAAUAAAAAUUGAAAUUUUUUAUAAUUAUAUAUAUAAGAAUGUAAGUGUAUUAAAAAGGUUUUCUUAUCUAAAUAAUUUGUACUAUUUAUACAAGUUAUAUUACCACAUGUUCGUUUUGACGUGUAACCAAAACCAUUUUAAGAGCAAGAAAAACAUUACUACUGAAGAAAAGAUGGAAGAAAAAAAACUUUCUAGACAUUAUGAUGACAUACUCUCCGUUUUUCACAUGAACGGCAUUUUGAAAGAAAAAAUCUGCAGCAGCUAUGUUCAACUAAUUGAUCAUUCUAUGUCGUCUUUUUUUUCCAUAUGUGCCGAAUAUCCAAAGGAAGACACAGCAUCCCAACAGUAUUACAAUAGUUCCUUUAAUUUUAACAAAACUGAAAAAAAUGACAUUAAUGUGGUAAAAAUCACAGGAGUUGACACACAAGGGAAAAAAAGGUACAGAGGAAACGAACAUAUAUCGUACAUCUUUUGCAACAUUUAUAACUUCAGAUUGAAAUUAUUUCAUCCACUCAAUUUUGAAAAAAGCGGUUUGGGAAAAGGAAGAAAAAAAAGCGCCUUCACCAGUUCAUUGACUGUUAACAGAAAUUAUUUAACGAACUUAAAAGAUAAAUAUGUUAAAAUGAUCAAGUAUAUGGAUAAUUAUUUGGUAUAUCUUUACUAUAUUGUUCUAUACUUUCACUUCAAUGAGUAUGAUAUAGAUAGGAAUAAAUUAUCCUUUCAUUAUAUUAUAUGUGCUUUUCAAAACAAAUUCGAUAAAUUCAAUAGCAAAAUAUGUAGCAGCUUUUGUAGCCAUGUGAAUGUUCCACUUAUCGAAGAUGUGACUAAGAACAAGAACGAAUUUUUUUACAACUACCCUUUCCAAAUGUAUACAGAAAAGGAUUUGAUGAAGAACACAUAUCUCAUUUUUGAAAUUCUGAAUAACAUAUAUGAAAUAUACCACAGUAAUAUAUUUGAAAAUCCCAAAUUUGCUGACAUGAUUAUAACAUUUACUGAUAUAAAAAUUAUUGCAUACUUCAGCGAAAUAUACAAAAUAUCCUUUUUCUACAAAAUGUAUCACUAUUGCCUAAAAAUUUUGAUAUUAUGUCUUAUGUUUACAUCCAGGUUUUGGCUGAUUUAUAUAUUUAACGGGAAGUAUGAAUAUGAACAGCAAGGUUGUAGAAGUACAGACUAUUAUGAGAAUAAUGAGCAAAAUAAAUCUACUAAUGUCAGGAAAGAAAAAGAGGGGUGUAAUAAAAAAGAGAAAAACAUAAAUAAAGUCACACCUGAUCAAAGCAGUAUGAACGGGGCGAGGAAAAUCCAAAAAGAAAAAUAUUAUGAUAAUGAUAUAAUGAGAGAAAAUGCUAAGUCGAGAAGAAGAUAUAUACUGAAUGAAAUUUAUAACAAAAUAGUGUCAAACAUGAAUGAUGAUAAUCUAAAUGAAAUAUACAACAAUUUGCAUAAUUACGUGCAAUUGCUAAUCGUUUGUAUUUCCAUAUUUUAUCUCUCAUUUUUAUGUUCAGAAAAAAUACAUAAAAAUAUGCAGAAUAUUAUUUUUCUAAACUGUGCUAAUAAUUUGUAUAAUUAUUAUGUAGAUUUUUAUGAAUACGUUCAGAAAUUUUGUCAGCAAUAUUGCCUGGAUAAUUUAUACACAUCCAACUUUUUCUUCGAUAAUUUCCACUUAGAUCUAAUAAACUUGAAGCUUCAAGCUCAUGUACGCGCAAAAAGGUACAAGAAGGAAUUUGAAAGAAUGAAGAAAAUGAAAAGAAUUAACGCCACAGUGCAAUGUUCAAAAAAUACCUCAAGUGAACCCCCUGUUGCUUUAGAUUGUUCUAACGGUGUUGUGGUUUCAGGCAUGGAAAAAAGGCACAAAUGUGUAAUUAUAAAUAGGAUACGUAGAGAUUGUUCCAGAAUUAGCAAUAUGAAUGAUGGAUGUGACAGAGAAGAGGCACAAUUUUUGUCAAAAUUUUCCUACCUAUUUCGUCAUGAGAAACAUGCUCUGAAGGAAUGUGUUUCCAAAUUAAGGAGCAUAGAGAAAAAAUAUGAAAGCGAUAGUAAAAAUUUUUUUAAGAAUAAUAUUUGCCUAUAUUUUAAUAUGAUAAAUUGUUUAUAUAAGAAAAAAAGGAAAUAUAUUAGCCUGCUGUUGUUUACCAAUUCGUACAUAAUUUCCAUAGUAACACUUAUGAAAUUUACAAUGGCGAAAUAUUUUUCAUUUUUUAACAUAACUUCAGAUUUUUUUUCCCUAAAAUUUGAACAUCCUACACACUUGUUUUACAUAGAUAUGUUCACAAAAAUAAAAAAAUCAGAAGAUGGAAAAGAAAAUAAUAAACUAACAAAUAAAGCUAUUCUUCUGAAUUUAGAAAAUCUUUUCUGUAAUAUGUUUUUGAACAAAGACAUGCUUUAUCACUUAAAAUUUGUAUAUACAUAUCACAAAAAGAUUUCAAAGAUUAUGCAUAAAAUGAAUAACUUUUUUCUUAGUUAUUAUUAUUUAAAAAAGAACAUUUUAUUUAUAAGUGAUUUGAUUUAUUUACCAGAAAUAGUUCACAGCUACAUUCUUUUAACAAAUAUCAUUUUAAAGUGUGGAAAGGAAAGAAUUGAAUUGUUAACCCAAGAGGAAAUAUUUUUUGAAAAUUUAAACAACGAAUUAAGUUUAAAUGAUAAAAAAAUUUUAGAUCAAGACAUUGAACUGAAAAGUGGAAAGGACAAAACUGUAAAAGACGUUAACGAUUUUAAAAUAUAUGAAGAUGUUGAUUUUAUGAACAUUGAUUAUGUAAAAACACCUCUUAAUACAUAUUUAACCAAGAGACACAUUUACAUGUAUAGAAAAUUAUUAACUCAAUUUAUGGCGUACUUAAUUUUUUUAGUGAAAAAUCCAGACCAUAUGUUUAUACUAUGCACGAAACAUAGGAGGGAAAUAUUAUAUGUACUCUCCCUAAUCAUUUUUACAAAAAAGGUAGCAAACCAUUUUUCAAAAAGCACGGUGCGACCAAAAAAGUCCAAGGAUUCAUCGACCCUGCAUGAGAAUGCUGGUAAUUUCAAAGGAAACACUAUCAUAAAUAAUAAGGACAAUGGAAUCGUCAAUCUAAGGGAAGAAAAAUCUAUAAGUGAUACUCUGAAAGAAAAAGGUGAACGAGGAAUUCAGAUGACUCCGAAUUGUAUGAACAAAAAUGAAAAUACUUACAAAAUAAAAGAUUUUGAAAAAGACUUUUUAACAUGUUUUAACAAAUGUAAUGAAAAAAAGGAGCAAACAUUUUUUAAUUUCUUCUUAGAAAAAUUAUUUAUCCUAAGUAACUUAGACACAGAUUUAUUCAAUAUUGAGCUAGACAGUGAAGAACCAGUUGAGGAUCUUAUAACAUCACACGUCAUGCGUGAUAUAACGAGUCUUGAUUUUGCUAGAUAUGAAUGUUCUUGUUGCCACUAUAAUUUAUUAACCGUGGAGAAUUCAAUAUGGAAUGAAAAGGAUAAAUCAUUUAAGGUGGAAAAAGGGGAGAUAUACCAAGGUAAAAAUGAGAAAGAAAAUGAAUAUAAUGAGAAUUACACCCACAAUGCUAAUAAUUUAUAUACUAACAAUUAUAGAAGGAACCAUUAUUCAUUCAAGAUUAACGACAUUGCAGUUCUGAAUUAUUUAUAUUUAAAUUAUGACUUUGAAAUAAAUUUAACUUAUAUAGAAAACUAUAUUAACAAUAGAUUAUUUAUAUUGAACUGUAAAAAAAUGAAUUCCUAUUUUAUCAAAAUAUUGUUAUAUUACAUGAAUUUAAUAUUUUUAAAAAUAAAAAAUAUUUUUUGUGAUGACUGUAUUUAUACCAUCAAAAAACAGCAGUUUCUUAACUCCUCAGCUAAUGAUUGCUCUAGUAAUAUCUUUUUUUUUUUGUUCUUGAAACUUUUUCAUUUUUUCAAUUUUUCAAAUCGAAUCAUAAGUGAGUUAUGUGCCAACUAUUUCCCUGGAAAUAAGAAUUAUGAUGAAUAUUUAGACUUACUAUCACAGAGUAAGAAGAACGAGAAUAACUCCACAUCAGAGAAUUACACCAAUGAUGAAACAAACCCUAUCGGUUGUACAAACAUAACAAAGAAUAUAAAUAAAAAGGAUGAUCAUUUUAAUAAAACAAAUAAUUUUGACAAAAUGUUGUUCAUUAAUUUUGUAGAAAUAUUUUUGUACCCAACAAAAAAUUGUAGUUAUUUAGAGGUUCUAACUGUGUGCUAUGAAUUUUUAGUAAAUAUGAAAGAUUAUAAAACGAAAGAACUAAGAAAUGUAUGUAAGCACAAAAUGUAUGAAUUUUUAAUAAAAAUUAUUAUACAAGGAGGAAAUCAAAAUAAUUCAUCCAUUUACUAUUUUCAAACUAUUUUACUAUAUUUAUCGUUGCUUCUCUAUAACACAUGCAAGAAAACAUUUGUGCAUGAAAUGAGAAAAGUUGCUCAAUUUUUCUUAGACUUUGUCUAUUUUUUUAUAGAGAAUAUAAAAAAUAAUUUAAUUAUACUGCAGAUAAUUGAGGCAUAUGGAGAAGAAAAAAAAAAUUUGCAACGUAGUGAGAAUGCUAAUGAUUUAACAGAUAAUCAUAACCUUGAAAAUGCUAAGAUUGAAAAGCAGAUCCAAGUGAAUCUUCUUAAGUUCUACUUCAGAAAGCUUCUAUCCUUACUUCAUCUCUACACAGAUGAAUUAAUAUUUUACACUAUUAAAAAUAACAUAGACCAAGAAAUAAGCCAAAAAAAUUAUUAUAGAAAGCAUGCCCAUGAAGACUUAAAUAUAGACAUUAUAAGGAAAUAUGAAUAUAUAUGUGAAACGAAUUUUAGUGAGUUUUGUUUUUAUUGGGAUUACGCUAUAGUAUCGAUGAGUCAUGACAAAUGUGAUCUUUACAUUUCUCGAUGUUUCAAAAAUUUCCUAUUUGUAUUAAUUAGGAUUAUUAAAGAAGGGAAAAUAAGCGAAGAGGAAUCAUCAUACAUGGAACAUUCAAAUGAAGAAAAUAAAUCAAGAGAUAAGAAAGUAGGAAAUUGUUCCGAAAGUUAUGAAAAAAAACAAAUAUUCUCCAUUGAAGGAGAAACAAAGUGUUUCAAUUUCUAUGAAAAAAUGAAUAAUCUUCUUCACAUGCUAAAGGAUGAAGAUAUAUAUAAAAAGUUGCUACAUCAUAGGGAAAACCUAAACAUGAAUGAAAGAAACACAAUGUCAUAUUUAAGUGAAAAUGUAGAUAAUUAUUUCAGGUGCACACAGAAAAUAAAUGCAACGAAGUAUAAAAAAUUAAUGAGCCAUUCCUGCAUUAAUGAAAAAAAUAAGAACCAUUUAAAUUGCUACAAGAGACCUUUAUCACCAUCAUCAUAUAUAACAAAUGACACAUGCACUACUAUCAAACGGGGAGAGGAAGAAAUUAAGGAUGACACCAUCACUCAAAAAAAUGAAGCCGAGAUGAAGGACGAAAAAAAUAAAGCAAUCAUCUACGAUGAGAUAUAUUUGAAAAAUGCAAAAAAUGUAAAUGAAGAGUUACGUAACGAAUAUUUAGGAAACAUAUUUUUCACAUGUAUGUUGGAAAACACAUUAGGAACACCCACUCAAAAUAACAAAACGGAUAAGACUAUGAAUACAAUGGUAAACAGUUAUAUCGCACCACUUCUAUCCGGUGAUAAAAACAAAACUGAAAAUGAGAUCGAACUUGUACGUUUUUUUUUAUGCCUAUACAAAAGUGCAAAUAACUGCAUUAACAGAAAAACGCACGAUUAUUUUCAUGUAGACAAAGUGCACCUGAAUAUAGAAAAAUUCACAUUUAAAGAAAAAUGGAAUUAUAUAAAAAAAUUAGAAAAAAUUUUAAAGCAGUAUCAGCAUAUGAUAAAGAUAAUGUGCGAAAUUUUACAUGAAUCUAAAAAUGUGGACCGGAACAGAAGUAAUUUAAAAAUAUUCAUAGAUUUGUGGUGGAACAAUAGAUACACAUUAGAACAACAUUUGAGGAUAUUAAAUUUGGACAUAUCUAAUGUAUUCGGAUUUUCUAUACAUAAAUUAAUGUCUAUCCCUUUGAUUUCUUUAAAUAUAAGGAGAACAAUUGAACUGAACAAAGAUACCAAACUUAUGAAUAGUAUCGGAAUUGAUAACUCUAUGUCCAUGGAAAAAAGCAAUACAUAUAAUAUGAACAGUGCAUAUAAUACAUUAUCACUUGUUAAUAAUCAAAAAUAUUACUUGCAAACAAAUUUUGAUCUAUUCGUGGUUUUAUAUUAUUACUCAAAUAUGUUAAAUAUCAUAUCAUGGAUUAACAAAUGGGAAGGUUUUUUUCUACCUUUGAAACAUUGGGAUGAUGUUAAUUAUAUUAACAUUCUCCUAAACUUGACUGUUUUUUCCAUCGUUUUGAAAAACUGUAAUGUGCAAAUUACACAUGUAAAAAGAAAGUACCUCAGGUUAUGCGAAAUUUCUGUAAACCGGAUAAACAGCAGUAUGGAAAACUUCAAGGGAAGAACCAUUCUUACCUCUAUCGGUAGCACAAACAGUAGCAAUAUUAUGCACAAGACAAAUCAUAAACAAUCAAAGAACCAAUCAAACCAUAGUCAUGAGAAUAUAACAGUUCCAAAGAAUUUGAUCAACAUGGACAAAAAUGUUGUAACCUCCUAUUUACCUUUCAUUAAUAAGGACAUUGAAACUAUUUUACUUUUAGAUCAAAAUAAAAAAUACAAAAGAAAAAGCAGCACAGCAAGCCAGAUAUAUUCGUCAAAUAUCAAUUUAUCAAGUGAAGGAAAAAAGAGAAUGACUAUUUCGUAUAACACUCACGACAAUACAAAGGAUGAAAUACAGAAUAGUAACUAUAGUGUUCAUAAUAAAAAAUAUAGCAACAUACAAGGAGGAGGAGAAAAAUCUGAAAAUAUAGAAGCCAUCUCAAGUAUCGACAAUCAGUACAAGAUUGUUAUACCAAAAGGGUGGAAUGAAUCUAGCUAUGAGAAUAGUAUACUCAUUAAGGAUAAAAACAGUAGUAGUAAUUACGAAUAUAAUGAAAAGAAAAAAGGAAGAAGAAGGACUAUUAACCUUGUUAGUGAAAAAAGAAACAGUGUUUUAAAUAUAUAUGGAAAAAAUCUUUCAAUAAAUGAAAAAGAAAAGAAAAAAAAAGAUGAAAAAAAGGUAGGCUCAACAAUGUACUCUUAUUUGAGCCCACUAAAAGGAAAUAAUACUGAACAGUCGAAGAAUAAAAUCGAAAAUGACAUUAUAAUAAAACAGAAAAAAAAUAAAAAAAGAAUUACAGUAGCAGGGACGUUAAAUUUGAAUCAUCUGCAGAAACAAGAUGAUGAGGAACAAAACGAGGGAAAAGAAGAAGAGAAAAAAGGAGAAGAAAGCAUUUAUUUAAAAUAUUUGGAUCUAAAAAAGAAAUGUGAUAAGGGGGUAUUAAAAUGUUCUUUCUUAAAAUUAAGAAUGUAUUUGUAUAACAUAUUAAUAGACAUAUUUGAAAAUAACCAUAUCCACCCGAAGGACAUAUUUAACUGCUUCAAUAUCAUCACUCAUUCUUUUGUUACUGAUAUUAUCAAAUGUACUAUAGUAGAGGAUGCAAUGGAUCGUGAAAGAUAUACGUAUGUGAGAAGCGUGGAAAAUAAACGAAUAAGAAAAAAUCCUGUUGUUAUUUAUAUACAUAACAAUUUAAAUAGACUUCCCUUUGAAAAUCUAGAACCCUUAAAAGAUUCCUACCUAGUGAGAGGGGUACACAGAACUGUCACUGCUUAUUUAUAUGAGAGGGUUUUGAAUAAAAUUAAAAUGGAAGAGAAGAAGCGAAAGGGAGAUCCGUUUUCGAAUCAUGCUCAACAAGAGAUGGACGAAGAGGAGGAAGUAGUGAAAGAAGUAGAAGAAAAUGAAAUGGAUGAAAAUGAAGGUGGAACCAAUGUCCAAGUUAACAAUUAUGAUAACAAACGUGAUAGUAUUCGCAUGUUGGAGCACACAAAACAGGAAUGUUCGGAAAAUUGGAAGACUGAUUUUUGCAAAAGCGUGUUCCAAAGGAAAAGUAUUCAAAUGAACAGAACUAAUUUGAUAGAUUCUCAAAAUUUCGAAGAUAAGAAAAAAAAUGAACAUAUUUUGCAAAAUACUACUAAUGAUUGCACUAUUUCCCAAAUGCAUAAUGCAAAAUGGGAACAUAAAAACAUUUCUGAAAACAAAGAAAAUAAAUUGUCUUAUAAUGUUGGACAGCGUGCAUAUGAUUCCAUGAAUGCUGAUAAUAAUAGCGACAAUUAUCAACGCGAUCCUAAUUUAAGUCAUGUAAAAGCAUUCCUUGAAAAUUAUGAUCGUCGUAAAUUAACAUCCAAAAUAGAUUCUUGUAAAUCUGGAAGAACACAUUUGAGGACAACACUAGUUCCAUCUGAGUAUGAAACUAUGAAUAUUUCAGGAGAAGUAGAUAUUAAUUAUGGUUCACGAAUAGCACAUUCAAUUGGGAGGGGGAGAUACAGCUUGAUCGUUUCAAACAAUAAAGCAAAAGGACAUAAUGAAAAGAGAAACUCCAUUGGUGAAAUUACUAAUGGAGAAUCUGGAGCUGGAGAAAUUGAAAACUUAAAUAAAAAGGAGAACCAAAGCAAAAUUACAAAGAAACUUCAUGGGAAAGUGAGAAAUAAAAAAAAUUCACGAAAAAGUACCUCCAUUGAGCAAUCAUUCUUAAACCCAUUCAAUAAUAAUAGUAGCAAUAAAAAAGGUACAAGUUCUUUAUUAUUCGAUGAAGAUGAAUUUAAUGGAAAAGACAAAGUAAACAGAAAAAGUGAAAGAAAGACUUUGUAUGAUGGAUCAAAGAAAGAAGGGAAAUGCAAAUUGGGAUUAUUACAUUCUGCUAAUAAACGAAGGAGCGUUAAAAAUAUGUUUUCACGUUCUUCAUGUCCCUCCAACCAUUCCCUUGCUUUUUGUCACUCUCCUCCACCAUCCUCAUCAGAAUCUGCUUCAUCAGUAGAACUAAUUCAAGAUGAAGACGAAUUGAGAAAAAUAUUUAUGAAUGCUAGGAGAUCAAUGAAUAUUCACAACAUUAUGAGUUAUAGUAAUAACAAUGAAUACAGCCUUUUUUGUUUAAAAAAAAAAAAAAAAAAAAAAAGUGUAAGCGAAUCGGAAGCCUACUUUGAUGAAGAAAAAUUUUUUUUAAGUUCAUAUGUAGAAUGUGAUAAAAAAGAGAGAAAAAGAAGAAGCUAUUCAGCGGAUCCAGAGCAUCAUUCAAAAAUGUCUAAAAUUAAAUAUGUAAAAUAUGUUCCUUAUUAUAUGAAAAGUUCCAGAUUAAUAGAUCCUAAAAAGAGUAACAUUUUUUUUGUGAUUAAUCCAAAUGGAGAUUUAAAAAGAACAGAAGAUGCAACAUAUCCAUUCAUAUAUUUUAAAAAUAAAGAAAAGUAUAAGUAUAAAAAUUGGAAUGGCUAUUUUGGAAAAGUACCAUGUGAAAAAACGUUAUUGAAACAUUUAUGCUGUGAUGAUUUGUAUCUUUAUUGUGGGCAUCAAGGGGGAGAACAGUACAUAAAAAAGGAAAUAAUUCAAAAUGCAAUUUUAAGUUAUAGCAAUGCACUUUUGGAAGACGCAAAAAAUGACGAAGAAAAAAAAGAAGGAAUUUUAGAAAAAGAAAAAAAUCAUUAUACGAAUACUGUGAAAUGUAGUAGGAGGAAGACGAAUAAAAAAGAAAAUUAUGUUUUAACACAAAAUGAAAACAGAAGGAAAACUUCGUGUUAUUUUGAGAAAGAAAAACGUACUAUGGGAAAAGAUAUGAAGAGUAAAUGUGUUGAAAAUGACACCUGUAUGCAUGGCACUAGUAAUGAUAAUGACGUUUUAUACACACAAACAGAAAUAGAAGAUGAAGAGGAAGAUGCUGAUGACCAUUCCCAUUUUAGUACUAACAAAAAUGAUGGCAUAAACUCAUGUGUUUUCUUAAUUGGAUGUAGUUCAGGUUUGCUCUCGUCCCAUGGUUUUGAUUUGGAUGUAUGGGGUACUCCAUAUGACUACAUUGUUGGUGGAUGUAUUUUUGUUUUUGGUAAUUUAUGGAAUGUCACUGAUGGUGAAGUUGAUGGAUUCACUCAAAACUUUUUCUGGAAAUGGACACAACCAAAUUCUUCAUCCCUAUUUUCCUCCAACAGUAAUUACAGCAGUGUCCAAAUGAUAAAUGUUUCAACAUUUGACUUUCGUAAUUUUGCAAAAAUGUUACUGGCGUUUGAGAAUGCAGAAAUAGAUAUGAACAACGAAGGUGAAAAAUGGGGAAGUAAAUACUGGAGAGAUGGAGAUAAUGACGAUCUACUAAUAGACGUUGGAGAUAAUUUCAUCACUCUCGAUUUUGAUGCAUAUACAUAUUUAAAAAAAAAAAUUUUUUUUUCUGAAUAUUUCCAAAAAUAUUACCAUUGCAACAUUACUUUAAAUCAGAACCUUUUUAAUAUAAAUCAGAACCGAAAAUAUACAUGGUUGAGUAUGACAGAAGCUUUAGCAGAAGCCAAGCAAUUUUGCCGCCUUCCAAACACGACAGGUUCUGCUGUAGUUAUAUAUGGCCUACCCUUAUAA